UGGACGUGUGUGCAGCAUGGCCCGGCAGGGACCGUGAGGCGGCACAUGACCAUGCAUCGGUCCGGGGAGGCGGCCCCCCGUCUGCGGAGCGUGGAGGUGGCACGGGGCCGUGCCGGGUAUGGCUUCACGCUGUCAGGGCAGGCGCCGUGUGUGCUCAGCUGUGUCAUGCGGGGGGGCCCCGCCGACCUUGUGGGCCUCCGCACUGGAGACCAGAUCCUGGCCGUGGAUGACAUCAACGUGAGGAGGGCGUCGCACGAAGACGUGGUGAAGCUGAUCGGCAAGUGCUCGGGUGUGCUGCACAUGGUGGUGGCCGCAGGCGCCGGGCACCCCGAGUCCUGCUCCAGCGAUGAGGAGCUCGGCCUCUAUGAGGGGAAGGGCCGGCCGAAGCCCAGACUGGACUCCAAGGCCCUUGGCAUCAACCGUGCAGAGCGAGUGGUGGAGGAGAUGCAGUCGGGCAGGAUCCUCAGCAUGAUGUUCCAGCACCCGCCCUCGCGGCUGAAGCCCAGGUCGCUGUCCGAGUCGGCGGCGUGCGCCCCACCACCUGGCCCUGGGCAGCUGCCUGAGGAGGAGCUGUCACGGAUCCCACACGACUCCGUGUUCGGUUCCGGGCUGGAGCCUCCUGACGACCUCGGCCUCAACGCGAGCAUCUUAAAUGUUGCCAUGGUCGUGGGCUACCUGGGCUCCAUAGAGCUUCCGUCCACGGGCUGCAGCCUGGAGGCUGACAGCCUGCAGGCCAUCCGCGGCUGCCUGCGGCGCCUGCGCGCAGAGCAGAAGAUCCACUCGCUGGUGGCCAUGCAGGUGCUGCACGACCGCGUGCGGCUGUGCACCGACAGGGCGGCCGUGCUGGCCGAGUACCCGGCUGAGAAGUUGGCCUUCAGCGCUGUCUGCCCCGACGACAGGCGGCUCUUUGGGCUGGUGACCAUGCAGGCGGGCGAGGUGGGCCGCCUGGUGCCAGAGGAGGAGGGCACCCUGCAGACUUCGUGCCACGUGUUCAUGGUGGACCCAGACUUGUUCCAGCACAAGAUCCACCAGGGCAUUGCCCGGCGCUUUGGCUUCGAGUGCACGGCCGACCCCGACACCAGCGGCUGCCUGGAGUUCCCGGCAUCCUCACUGCCCGUGCUGCAGUUCGUGUCCGUGCUGUACCGGGACAUGGGCGAGCUGAUGGAGGGCGUGCGGGCCCGGGCCUUUGCCGACGGGGACGGCGAGGCGCAGCACAACGCCAGCACCAGCAGCAAUAGCGACAGUGGCAUCGGAAACUUCCAGCAGGACGAGCGGAGCAGCCGGGUGCUGGUGGUGGACCUGGGAGGGAGUGGUGCAGGCCGGCACGGCGUGGGCAGCGGCUCCUGGGAAGCAGCAGUUCCUGCAGGCGGACGGAGCCCCCAGCCCUGGGGCGCCCACUGGAACGGCGCCUUCUGCCAUGAGCCUGACGAGCCGGCCCCGCUGGCCAGCAGGGGCCGGGACUUCAGCAAACACUUGGGGCCCAUCUCCCAUGGGGAGGGCCCCCCAACUGCCUUGCGCGGCUCUGUGCCCCCGGCCAGGAGGGCCGCCGUGGGCCCCAGUGGUGGGCUGGGCCAGCGGUGGCUCCCGGUCCAUGUCCUCCAGGAGUGGCAGUGCGGACACACCAGUGACCAGGAGUCCUACACAGACUCCACUGAUGGCUGGUCCAGCGUCAACUGCGGCACGCUGCCCCCGCCCAUGAGCAAGAUCCCCGCUGACCGCUACCGCCUGGAGGGUGGCCUGGGGCCACCUGUGCUCAGCACCCAGAAGAGGGACUGGCCCCGGAAGGCCUUCGGGGUGCAGAACAUCUUUGGUCCCCACCGGAACGUUCGGAAGACGAAGGAGGACAAGAAGGACCCCAGGCUGGGCCGUGGGGUCGGCCUUGCACAGACCGCUCAGCGCCCGGCCACCCGCAGGUCCUUUGCAAGAGCCAAGCGGUUCAGCAUCACCCGCUCCCUGGAUGACCUAGAGUCUGCAGCCGUGUCCGACGGGGAGCUGAGCGGCGGGGACCUGAAGGACUGUGCCAGCACGCACAGCCUGAGCAGCAACGCCAGCCUCCCCAGCGUGCACAGCUGCCGGCGCCUGCGUGACAGGAGGGUCGCCAGCUGGGCCGUGUCCUUCGAGCGCCUUUUGCAGGACCCACUCGGGGUCCAGUACUUCUCUGACUUCCUGAAGCGGGAGUUCAGCGAGGAGAACAUCCUGUUCUGGCAGGCCUGUGAGGGGCUCACCCAUGUGCCCGCCCACGACCAGAAGGAGCUCUCUUACAGGGCUCGGGACAUCUUCAGCCGCUUCCUGUGCAGCAAAGCCACCACCCCCGUCAACAUCGACAGCCAGGCCCAGCUGGCCGCCGACAUCCUUGACACCCCACACCCUGACAUGUUCAAGGAGCAGCAGCUGCAGAUCUUCAACCUUAUGAAGUUCGACAGCUACACACGCUUCCUCAAGUCCCCGCUCUACCAGGCCUGCAUCCUGGCCGAGGUGGAGGGCCGCCCCCUCCCAGACGCCCAGCAGGUGCCCAGCAGCCCAGCCUCCAGGCAUGGUUCGGACCACUCCAACGUGUCCACGCCAAAAAAGCUCAGCAGCAAGUCUCGAUCUGGACGGUCCCUGGACGAGGAGCCAGAGGAGGAGGCAGAGCGGCGGCGCCGAGGCCCCUUCUUCUCCUGGUCACGCGCACGGAGCACGGGCCGGUCGCAGAAGAAGAAGGAUCUCAGCGGCCAUCCACACGCCCAUGAACCCCCCCACGCCAACGGGGCCCUGGGCCGCCGGGAGUCACAGGCCUCAGUGUCGUCUGCGGGAAGCCUGGACCUGCAGGACGCCUGCAGGGUGUCAGCGGCUGAGCGAGAACGGAGUCCCCCGCACUGCUGCGUGCAGCUCCCAGACGGCACGGCCUGCAUGGUGCUGCUCAGGGCCGGGCUGUCCAUCAAGGACCUGCUGGCCGGGCUGUGUGAGCGGCACGGCCUCAACGGGGCGGCUGUGGACCUCUUCCUUCUGGGCGGGGACAAGCCACUAGUGCUACAGCAGGACUGCAGCAUCCUGGAGGCCAGGGAGCUGCGGCUGGAGAAGCGGACCCUGUUCCGGCUUGACCUCGUACCCAUUAACCGCUCGGUGGGGCUCAAGGCCAAGCCCACGAAGCCCGUGACCGAGGUGCUGCGGCCCGUGGUGGCCAAGUAUGGUCUGCGGCUGAAUGACCUGGCUGCCCGGCUGAGUGGAGAGCAGGAGCCCCUGGACUUGGGGGCCCCCAUAGCCAGCCUGGACGGACAGCGGGUCAUCCUGGAGGAGAAGGAGUCCAGCCGAGGCCGAGUGGCCGCAGAGAAGCCCAGAGGUGUGUCCAGCAAGCACGGCACAGCCGCCAGCUCAGGCUCCCGGAACCCCUCGGCCCUGGGAGAGGGCAGAGCUGUAGGCAAGUCUAAUUCUAUUAAGAUAAAAGGAGAAAACGGGAAGAACGCUAGGGAGCCCCGGCUCUCAAAGAGAGAAGAAUCUAUUGCAAAGAUUGGGAAAAAAAAAAGUCAGAAAAUUAAUUUGGACGAAGCCGAGGAGUUUUUUGAGCUUAUUUCCAAAGCUCAGAGCAGCCGGGCCGACGACCAGCGCGGGCUGCUGAGGAAGGAGGACCUGGUCCUGCCGGCCUUCCUGCGCCUGCCCCCCAGCGCGCCCGAGCACCCCGAGAGCCCAGCCUCCAGCCCCAGCUCCGACACAGCCUCCUCGCCAGCCCAGACGCCUCCUGUGGGGCAGGACGAGGCGAGGGGCCUCCAGACCAUGGAGGGGGCGCCAGAGGCCGACCUGACCCUGACCGGGGAGGGGGACAUUAGCAGCCCCAACAGCAGCUUCCUGCCACCACCCCCCACCCCACAGGAUGCGGCUGGACCUCUGAGACCAGGUACCUCCAGGUUCUGAGCCAGCACCUGACCAGACCGGGCCCCUGGUUCCAAUGCCCCUCCCCCUUGCA